AUGGCAACGGAAACAGGGAAGCCGGGGGUUGAUGGCAUCCGGAAGAAGCUCAUUCCGAGUCCUCAGAAGAAGCCGGAUGGCCCCGAGGACUAUGAAGGGUCAUACUUCUACCACGACGACGAUGAGAUGGAUACGUUGAGCCGGAUCAGAACAUGGAGACCGCCGAUGGGAUUGAUGAAGCGGUCCAAGCCGAGCAUCGACAUCCGCCGGAGCGAAGACCUCCAUCGCAUCAUCUGCAUCCCCCCGUUGCCCGAUACGCCGCAAUCAUCGACCACUUCUUUGUGCAGCAUUGACAAUGGUACCGGCUAUGUUGUGAACGCGGGCCCGAGCCCUCGCGCCUCGCCUCCCCGCCGUCCGGAUCGAAGUCCAUUGGGAAGUCCCCUGAUGGGGCCCCAGAGAAGCCCUCAAAGGAGUCCUCAAAGGAGUCCUCUUCUUCUCCCUCACCAAAUCGACGAUCAGCAACAACAGCAGCAGCAGCAGCAACAACAGAUAUCGCGAAGCAGGAGUCCAGCGUCGACGCGCUCACUCCAACAUCCUCAGCUUACGCCGCCGUCAUCACCACCCCAGCUCUCAGACAUGUUCCCGCAAUUCCCGCACACGCCCGCAGAGACACCGGAUACUGUUCCCACCACGCCCGAGACCAGCACUCACCCACCGUCUCUCGAAGUGAUCACUGUGACGCCACCGCCUGAGACAGCAGCCGAAGGCGACAAGGCGGGCUUCUCCCCAGAAGCCCAGCAGCUCAUGCACGAGACGGACGAGGCAUUCCAGCUACGCCAGCCCGUGACCGUGGCCGACGCAAGGCUACCCGACCAUGAGCUGGACAAGUUUCCCAAACUCAAGGACCCUUCACCGGUGUCCCCUCCAGCACGGAGGAAGUCGCAGCGGCGCAGUCAGGGCUCCGUCAAGUCGGUCAAGUCACCGACAAAGACAUCGAUGAAGGAUCCUUUGUUGCCAGCCCAAGCCCGCCUUCCCUCCAAUUCGCGGCCGAAGCGGGCCAAGUCAAAGAAGUCGCGGCGGCGGCCACGUGCGCCGGUGAGGCAGUCAUCCAUGUGGCAAUUGACGGAGAGCGCCAAGGAGUUUACGAUCCGCAUUUUCCACCGCGUCGAAGUAGAUGAGAUGCUUCCCGAGAGCACGCUGCGGGAAAUCAGGAGGAGCAGAGCCGCGCACUGGACUCAGUCGCCCGAGCUGGGCGUGACACACAUCAAGGACGGUAAGAAGAAGGACAAGGACAAUAAUAAGAGCGCCGCCUCUACGCCGAUCGAGCCGUUGAGCCUCGACAAUUCCCUCGGCGCGGUAACAGAGGAGGAGGAUAACGUGGUGACGCCCCGUGCCUCUGUUGUGAACAAUCAGGAGACCGAGAUCGGCCAAGAGGAUUGCAAAACACCGACACUGGCGGCUCAAGAGCAGUUGAAAGGGACGAACCAGGAGUCUGACAAUGGGCCGGCACCGGUGGCGGAGCUGGCGGAAGAAGAACCGGCAUUGCCGUUGCAGCAGCCCGACUCGCCAACCACCAAGUCUUACGACGGGGAUGAGGACGAAGGGUCUCUGCCAAUCAUGAUGGUCGAGGAUGCGUCGGCGGCAGAAGCCAAGCCAGUCGAGGCCAGCCAGCCAGCCGCGUCGGCCAUGCCGCCACCAUUGAAGGCGUCUCCCAUGCACCGCCGUCUCCCGAGCAGACAACUGCCACCACUCCCCACGAUUCCCGAGGUGAUAGCAAUAGGACCCGAGGAGGCCACGCUAUCGCCGACGUCCGCGCCGCUGCCGCCCGGAUCCGCAUCCAAGGUGAACACGGACGACUACGUUUUCUUGGACAGUACGCCUUACACACUGACCAUGCCGGCCUUCCGCCAUGGCCAGAUCCGCCUGGCCAAGGCCGAUCUGCCGAUCGGCACGCUGGCCGCGGCGGUUGAUGACACGCUUGACUGGACAGCGUUUCAGAUGGCCAUUCUCGGCGGCGCCGGCGAUUUCUUCAGCGAGCCGACCGACUACUCGCGGCCGUCCGAGGCCGAGCUCGAGCAGCUCGAAGAGCUUGCCUCGUGGUUUGGCAGCUUCGGCUUCGACGGGCCCGGCUCGCUGAUCGGCCCCAGCGAGCCACGGACUCCCACCCAGGGCUGGACGCCCGUCCUCCCGCGGACGCCCGCGCUGACGCCUCCCUCGCCGACCUCGACGCCCGGCAGCAGCCCAAGCCCGCGGACGGUGGUGGGUAGUAGCACCACCCGGAGCCCCGGCUUCCGGCGGAUAGACCCGCCGGCGCCGUGCGAGGCCGACGACGGAAGCAGCAGGAGGCUGGAUUUCGGCGACUCGAUCGCGGGGCGCUUCUUCCCGACCGUAUCUCUCGGCCCGCCGGUCGGCAGCUCCCACAAGCCCGGCGGCCACCGGCGCAGCGUCAGCAGCACCACGUUCGGCCACCAGCCGCUCAUGGCUCCGCCGACGCUGAAGCAGUCGGCCUCGUUUGAGAGCCGCGGCCGCAACCACGCCGGGCUGGCCAUCGACUCGGCGCGGCGGCCCAGCGUCGACAGCAUCCAGAGCCUCCCGCAGAGUCCCAUGAUGGAUCUCGUGGUCAGCCACGACGUCGACGGGAACGAGUACAUGGUCCCCAUGGGCUUCAACCUCAGCCAUGAUCUGGGCGAUUUCCUCACCUGGCAUGCCGAGCACGUGUCCGGUGCUGGGUUUGCGGCGCCGGAUGGGAGCCAUAUCUGA